AUGUACCUGCGUGGUCACCGGAGCUGCUGCGCCAGUCCUGUUGGCGUGCUUGAGCUGGAUAAAGAUGGUCAGUGGCCGCGGCUUCAGCACGCGCAGCACGAGGUCGUCCAGGGGACGCGCAGCUUCCACAUUGGAGAACAGUUGAAACGAGAUGCCCCUGCUGCGCGCGCGCAGCGCCCACAGGCCGCCGAGGAAGAUCUCGUAUUCUGUUCCGAAGGUCGUCGCUGCGCCCUUCAGUCGCCCCAAGACGGGAGACUCGGCACUGAAGCAAUAAUACAAGCAAGGGGUGAUUACUUAGAUCGACUUAUCUUAGCAAAUAUUAGUGCCAAGACGCCCGUCUUAGAGCGAUUAAAAAAUGCAGCCACGCCUUACGGGUCUGAAUACGAGAUCUUCCUCGGCGGCCUGUGGGCGCUGCGCGCGCGCAGCAGGGGCCUCUCGUUUCAACUGUUCUCCAAUGUGGCCGCUGCGCGUCCCCUGGAUGAUCUCGUGCUGCGCGUGCUGAAGCCGCGGCCACUGACCAUCUUUAUCCAGCUCAAGCACGCCAACACGACUGGUGCAGCAACUCCUGUGACCACGCAGGUACAUACUCUAAAAAACACUAAACACUUGUGUCUUGCUGAAGCAAUGCAGCACGAUUGGGUAAGCUUCUUCAGUGACUAUACAGACUUGACGCAGGAGCACUUGGUGCAACUGCUGGCUGCGGCGGCCGGUGUCGCGGCGGCCGGUGUCGCGGCUUCGGCGUCGAGUUCGGCUGAGUCCACGCAGAGGUUCCUCAAGGCUGCCCUUUACGAGUCGGGGGACAUCGCAGUCUUCGUCGACGGGGUGGACGAGAUUUGCCCUUCCUACAAGGACAAGCUCGUCCGACUCUUGGAGAUGUUGCUGGAGACAAAAGUGAAGCUCGUGUGGGUCUCAUCACGCCCGGAGGUUGAGCUUGAUCUUACUAAAGCGUUGCAUUGUGGGACAUGUGUCCUUCGCCCGUUCUCCGAAGAGGAGCAGAAGAACCACCUCCGUGGACACUGGUCGUCUGUGGACCCACGCAACCGCCCCCCUGCGGCGUUCGAGAGCCUCGCCGCCGAGAUGGUGGCAGCCCUGCACGGCGCAGCGGGGCGCGGCGCACGCAGCCUGCUGGACGUCCCGCCUGCACGGCGCAGAUGCGCGGCGGAGGCGUAACGCAACGCAAGGCGGCGCGGGCCCUGGGCACAGGGGUCACCCCCCCCCCCCCCCCGC